AUGGCUACAACGCUUACCACAACAAUGUACGCAACCCUGCAGCUGGAAGCUGAAAGCAUCAACGAAACAGGAAAACUAGAAGCCGAACUAUCCCCGACGGCAGAUGGUUCGGCAGUGGCGAAUCGCCGUUUGAUAGUCCGGGACCGCGUCACCGACAUCAGAUUUCUGGUGGAUACUGGAGCGGAUAUCUCGAUCAUACCCGCCUCAAGACGCGACCUUGCGCACAUUGGAAAACAGAUGCUCUACGCAGCAAACGGAACGAUCAUCCCUACAUAUGGACAGAAAUUACUGCGGCUCGAUUUGGAAUUCCGCAGGAUUUUCCAAUGGCCCUUCGUUAUCGUCGAAGUGGACACAUUCAUAAUUGGCUCGAAUUUUCUGGCGCAUUAUAAUCUGCUGCCUGACAUCCAGCACAAGCGGCUGAUUGAUGGCGACACGUUCCUUAAGGUCAAUGCACAGCUUGUUAGCAGAACCGUUCCAAAGUUGACAGCCUUUGCCGACGACUGCCCUUUCAAAGAAAUUUUAAAUGAGUUCCCAGAGAUAAUUUGAGCAUUGAUUACGCAUAAACAAGUCGCAUAUGGGGUAGAACACGUUAUCGAGACAACGGGUCCCCCGGUGUCAAACAAAGUCAGACAACUCUGUCCCGAGAAAUUAAAAGCAGCCAAGCAAGAGUUCGAAUAUAUGAUGCAACAGGGUUUACGCAGGCUUUCCAAGAACCCUUGGGCCAGCUCACUGCACCUGGUUCAGAAGAAGAACAGCGAUUGGCGUCCGUGCGGGGAUUACCGCAAGCUCAACCGUUCCGAACAGUUAUUCAAUUCCUACAAGACCUAUUUCUACAAGACAGCACACAUUUCCUACACGGUAAAACCUUAUUUUCCACGAUCGAUUUAGUACGCGCAUAUCAGCAGAUUCCGCGAAUCAGAUAUUCCGAAAACUGCCAUCAUCACACCAUUCGGACUUUUCGAAUUUCCGUACAUGACCUUCGUAACGCAGCUCAAACUUUUCAAUGAUUCAUGGAUC